AUGCCUGCCAUGGCCCGUCCCCUUGUGCAACAGCUGCAGGAAUCUCCCCGGAUUGUCUACGACUGGAGUCGAAACUUAUAUGUGGUUGAGCUGCUCUUCGAUUCGGGCGUAUACUAUUUUCCUCUUUGUCCCGGUGUACCUAAUCCGGAGCCCUGUUGGACCAUUCGUGCUGGGCCGUCGGGGGAGAUCCCGGUGGCCAAUGUUCCGGCUCCAGCUAUUCCAGAGCCUAGUUUUGGUUCCGAUUAUGGCGAAGACGAUACUCUGAGCACGACAGAGCUGACUUCUGAGUUUGUCGAUUAUCCAUAUGAUUAUGGUCGGCGAUAUAAUGCUUUCCAGGAGGGAGAAUAUUGGGCGCCAAACGAUGAGGUCCAGCAAAACCAGAUGGACAUCGCGAGGUUAUCGAUCUUGGAACUGGUAAUGGAACAUGGGCAAUGCCUCUAUAGGUCAAUAUAUCGCCAUUUAAAACCUGGAGGCUGGAUUGACCAGCAAGAAAUAUCUGUUGAGUUCAAGUCGGACGACGGUUCGCUCCCAUAUGACCAUCCGCUCAGCCGGUGGUCGAGGUUGAUGCUCCAGGCCGGAGAGAUAAGCGGAAAGACGUUUCGAAUCGUCGAUCAGGCGCGAGACCAUCUCCUAGACGCAGGGUUUGUAGACGUGACAGAGAGGAGACACAAGGUACCUGUCGGGACAUGGGCCAAAGAACCGCAAAUGAAAGCAUUAGGAAGGCUUAACUUGGAACAAAUCAAAGCGGGUCUCGAUGGGUGGACGAUCAUGCCGUUCAUGCGAGAGUUGAGGGACAUCGGUUUGUGCCAAGAGGCCCCGGUUGGGUAA